AUGAUGUUCAAGAUCCCAUUCUGGAAAGAAUUUUUUUUUAAUGUAUUUUCAGCUGAUGAUGCUAAAGAAGCUGUAAAGCUUGGGGUAGACGGUAUACUGGUGUCAAAUCAUGGAGCACGUCAGCUUGAUGGAGUUCCUGCAACGAUUGAUAUCUUGCCUGAAAUUGUUGAGGCUGUGGAGGGGAAGGUGGAGGUGUUCCUAGAUGGCGGUGUAAGAAAAGGCACAGACAUACUCAAAGCAUUAGCUCUGGGUGCCAAAGCUGUAUUCAUCGGCAGGCCUCUCAUCUGGGGCUUGGUUUAUCAAGGUGAAGAAGGAGCAAAAGAAGUUCUCCAAAUGCUGAAGGAAGAGUUUCGACUGGCAAUGGCACUGACAGGCUGCCGGACUGUAAAAGAGAUUGGCAGGACAUUGAUACGAAGACAUGAAGUACUGCUUUCCAAGAUUUAGAUCUGAAGAUGAUCCCCUCGCCUGUUGCCUGUUGUACAGAAAGCACGCUAGAUAAAAAGCAAUGCUAUUUGCUCUUUGGGCCUCAUGCUGCAAUCCUGACUGAGAAGGAGUCUUCUGUAAGCAACUGCUUGUUGAAGAAGUUACUUGCUUCAAGUUUUACAGCCUAUUCUGCUAGGCACUUAUGGAAAGCUGCUGUGCUGUUACUGGUGAUUAGAGAUGAGUCUUUAUACAAGACCAACACAGAAACUUGAAGGUGUUUUGCAAUAAAUGCUGAUAUUAGCUUACAGACCUUUUUAGUGUUAAAAUGAAACCAUAAAAGAAAAAUUUCUGAUGGCAAACAGCUAUCAAAAUGUAGAAAUUUAAAAUGUAAAAGGUACUUUUCUCACUGGUUAGAGAAACUACACUGUAGAUCAGAAAUUAAAUCUUGCUUUCUUAUGAAUAUAAUUUCUUCUCCCUAAUAAUGAUGUGCUAUUCCUUAAUAAGUAUGUGGACUUAUAUCAUGUAGGCUGCAGAAACUCAGAGUUCUUAGUUAUAAAGAACUGAACAGCAAAGUGAAAUUGGAGAAGUGACUCAAAGCCCUUUGCAAUCAGACAACCACUGUGCUUGUGAAUCAGAUACACAUCAGCUCUUUGGCUUGUGCAAAUCUUGGUAGUUCUAUUGCCUUCACCAAACCGUGCUGACUAUAUCCAGCUGGAUCCCUAAGUCAUGUUUUAAACUGGACUCAAUUGUUUACAGUUUUUAGAUUAUUGGAUAAAUCUGUAGCAUCUUGCAUCAGCAUUGCAGAAAGGUUUUGAAAAUCUUGUUGUGGAUUUUUUUUUUAAAGCCACCAUUACACUGUUCCACUGUCACUGAUACAACAAUACCAUUUGUUUCCCAUCAGUGUCAGGAGAACUUGUGCAUUCUGAUUCUCCCUUUUUGCUUUAUUUGAAAUAUCCUGUAUUGAGUUUUAGAGGCAGUUUUGUCAUAAAUGAUGGAAUAGUACAAUAUGAACUAAAGCAGGGGCUGGAACUCAAAAUGGGGAGAAAACCCAAAAGGCCGCAUGCUUGCCCUUCAGUUGAAAAUUUGUUCUCUUAUUUACUGCAGAUUGUAGUGUGUUGUGUGGGGGUUGCAUAGCAACAAAAUAAAGUUUAUCUGUGUAAGGAAUUAUGAAUGUUUCUCAGAGCAUAGAGAAGCAUAAUUUCUGCUGUUUACUGCACUUAUCAUAUCUGUUGCAAUGUGGACUGUGUCAGAUGUCAAUUACAGACUAACUUCAGAAAGACUGUUUAUUUUAAAUAAUAUAAAUGUUGCUUAAAAGAUAGGGGAUAGUAUCUUAUGUUUACAUGUUUAAGAUCCAUUUCUAAAGUUUAGAAGAUGCAGUUUCCUGUCUUAGCCCCAACCAAAUUCAAGGAAAGUUCUGUAACGCUGUGGGCCAGGGUAAAUUCUGCUGGUGAGGAAACUGAUUUUGUUAUUGGUGCAAAAUUAACUAUUUCUAGUUCCUUUGGGCAAAUGGGCUUAUAUUUGUUCUUUCCUGCUUGUUAUCUGAUAAUUGCCUGUCUUCCUUUUCAAUCCUAGUAAGAAUAUACACACAUUAAAAAAUAAAAACAGAGUCAAGUAUGAAA